GCAGCAGGUGUCGCUUCUCUAGGGCAAGACGAGUGGAGCGAUCUGCGAGGUCGCAUGCUCGCGAGCUGGGCAUGCUCGUCUCUGAUUCCGAGAUCUCUUCCUUCCUUCGGCUGCGAGGUCGAUUGCGAGGUGAGUUAGGUUUGCGAGGUUGCCAGGGUUCCAGCGAGCCACGGGUUGCGCCUAGCGGUUGGCUAUUGAGGGAGAACAAGGUAGAGUUUGGCGAUGGUGGCCCCAAGCGCUGCACCUCAGAAGGCGGGGGCUGGAGCGAGCGGGGGAAAGGGGUGGGGAAGAGGAAUGAAUUUUGGGAGUGUCACUGGGACGAGUCUCACGGACAAGGCGCGCAGAGCAGCCAGCAACACUGCGCGGUUUAGCCAGAAGCUGCUGUGGAGCACAGGUAAAGCUGCGUGGAUCGCUGGGACGACGUUUUUGAUUUUGGUGGUGCCGCUGAUCAUUGAGAUGGACCGGGAGCAGCAAAUGGUGGACAUGGAGAGCCAGCAAGCAGGGCUUCUGGGAGCUCCACCGCUUCCUGGAUCACCGCCGGCCGUCAAGUGAUUGGGUUUCGAGCUUCGUCGUAUUGGCUAUUUGCUGCACUUUGUUGUACGUACGUGGAGUGUAAUCGUCUUUCGUUUUUUGCAUUUCCCCAAUCGCCGUGUUUCUCCCCGAAACCUAGUCGCUCAUUUUGACGGGUGGUGGGUUAGAAUUUGAUUGACAGGAAUUUGCGACCAUUCGAGUUUAGGGUUCCGGAGGGGCUUUAAUGUUCCUGGCCAGUGGCUGAUGCAAGAAUCAAUUGCAAGAAUGUCAUCAUCUAGUUAGACAAUUUGAUGUAAAAUCUGCAUUAUUGAAUGGUUUGAUUGUGUCAUGGAACCACUUGGAAUUCCAUCGUGAGCUUCUGUGUACUCUCUUUUGAAA